AACAUGCGCAGUGGCCAUUUGUGCCAUAUUGGAAUGAGGUCGUGAACGAGAACUGCGUCAAGCCAGCGAGACUCUGCUGGGGCGACACCGGAAGUCUCGCGAUUUAACCCUCAACAUUAAAGGUCUUGCUGUUGCCCGGGAGACGGUUGCAACCGGCCGCUCUUCGAAACAUUUUAUUUUGAAACGCCCGACCGGGCCCCGCCGUUUUUAUUCACGUUAGCUUAGCAUUGCUGCGAGCGAGCAGGCGGAGAGGAACGGCAUCUAAAAAACCGACUUGGAAAAACUACUUAGCGAGCUCCUAGUCUUGGCCUUGAGGGGGCACCAGGAUGAGUCAGGAGUCACCGGAGUCUGAUGGAGACUCAACUUCACUCGACUUCAACUGGGAUGACUACCUGGAGGAGACUGGAGCUGUGUCUGUGCCCCAUCACGCCUUCAAACAUGUGGACCAGGGCCUGCAGACAGGACUGACCCCAGGCAUGAAGCUAGAGGUGUGCGUGCGCUCGGAGGCCGACAGUCCGUACUGGGUGGCCAACAUCAUCACCACAUGUGGCCAGUUGCUGCUGCUCCGCUAUGAGGGAUACCAGGACGACCGGCGCGCUGACUUCUGGUGUGACAUCAUGACUGCAGACCUCCAUCCGCUGGGCUGGAGCCGCCAGCAUGGAAAGACCAUGAGGGCCCCUGAGGGUGUGCGUGAGAAGCACCAGGAAUGGGAGGCUCUGCUGGAAAAGGCCUUGGCUGAGGAGUGCAGCGCGCCUGCCAACCUGCUGGAAUUGCCCCAGCGUGGAAGAGACCCAGUAGAGCUCCUCUGUGCAGGCUGCUACGUGGAGCUUCAGGACAGUGUUGACCUGGGGCUGGCCUGGGCCGCAGAGGUAGAGGAGAACGUUGGAGGAAGGCUGAAACUGCGCCUGGUAGGCACAGAAGGCCUCCCAGACACACCCGCAACCCUCUGGCUCUUUUACCUCCACCCACGCCUCCACCCACCCGGCUGGGCCAAAGAGCACGGCUGCACCCUCAGGCCUCCCUCAGACCUGUUGGCUCUGCGGACCGAGGAAGAGUGGGAGGAGGUGAGAGAGAGGAUCAGUGACCUGCCUCAGGAUGAAGCUUUGAUUGCAGAGUUGAAUAAGGAUCAGCCUGCCAUAGCUGCUCAUUGUUUCAAGGAAGGAAUGAAACUGGAGGCUGUUGACCCUGCUGCUCCUAUUUCCAUCAGGCCUGCAACUGUCACCAAGGUGUUCAACGAGCAGUACUUCCUGGUGACGAUGGAUGACCUUUGUGGUAUUGAGGAAUCAGAGGGUGCCGGGAGGUCCUACCUAUGUCACAGAGACAGUCCGGGGAUCUUCCCUGCUCAGUGGAGCCUAAAAAAUGGGCUCCCUCUCAGCCCCCCACCAGGAUACCAGGGUCCAGACUUUGACUGGGCAGAUUACCUGAAACAGUGUGAGGCCGAGGCAGCUCCUCAGCAUUGCUUCCCAACUGAGCAGUGCGACCACAGCUUCAAAGAGGCCAUGAAACUAGAGGCCGUCAACCCGUUGUCACCCGAGAACAUUCACGUGGCAACUGUUACCAGAGUCAAAGGGCAAUACAUUUGGCUCAGUCUGGAAGGACUGAAGCAGCCGAUGCCAGAGCUGAUAGUUCAUGUGGACUCCCUCGACAUCUUCCCUGUCAGCUGGUGUGAGACAAAUGGUUAUCCACUCGUCUACCCCAUCAAACCCUCGGUUGAAAAAGAGAGGAAGAUCGCUGUGGUGCAGCCUGAGAAACAUCGAACUCCACCUAAGUCAUCGUCACCUGACACUGUAAAACAGCAGAUGGCCAGCCAGUCAGAGACAGGACAAGGGAAUGGGAAAUACUGCUGUCCCAAGAUCUACUUCAACCAUCGCUGUUUCUCUGGGCCUUACCUUAACAAGGGACGCAUUGCAGAGCUGCCUCAGUUCAUUGGCCCUGGAAACUGUGUCCUUGUGCUCAAAGAGGUAUUGACUCUGCUGAUAAACUCAGCGUACAAGCCCAGUCGGGUGCUGAGAGAGCUGCAGCUGGACCAGGAGAGCCGCUGGCAAGGCCAUGGAGAGACACUCAAAGCCAAGUACAAGGGAAAGAGUUACCGGGCCACUGUGGAAAUCGUCCGUACUGCAGACCGUGUAGCAGACUUCUGCAGGAAAACCUGCAUCAAGCUAGAGUGCUGCCCAAACCUGUUUGGACCCCGCAUGGUUCUGGAGCACUGCUCUGAGAACUGCUCCGUCCUCACCAAGACUAAAUACACAUAUUACUGUGGAAAGAAGAAGAGUAAACGUGUUGGCCGUCCACCCGGGGGCCACACCAACCUGGAGGGUGGUGUGGUGAAGAGAAGAGGGAGGAGGAGGAAGAGGAGGAAGCAGCUCUUUGUCCAUAAGAAGAGACGCUCCUCAGCCUCAGUGGACAACACGCCUGCUGGGUCUCCACAGGGCAGUGGAGAGGAAGAAGAUCUAGAUGAAGAUGACUCCCUAAGUGAAGACUCUGGCUCGGAGCUGCAGGAUGACCUUCAGGAUGAUUCUGAACAAUCGUUCAAGUCGCAGCCCGCCACGCCAUCGCCGUCCCCACCAGCAACACCCAGGCCAACACGUCGGCGCCGGAAACCCCGCUCACCUUCGUUCUCUGAUGAUGAGAACCGCCCUCCCUCACCAAAGACCUCAAAGACUGAGCCUCCUCAGAAGUUGUGUUUGGACACCAGCCCACUGGAGUGGAGUGUUACUGAUGUGGUUCGUUUCAUCAGGACCACUGACUGUGCACCACUUGCACGGAUUUUCCUGGAUCAGGAGAUUGAUGGACAGGCGCUGCUGCUGCUGAACCUCCCAACAGUGCAAGAGUGUAUGGACCUGAAGCUGGGACCAGCCAUCAAGCUGUGCCAUCACAUUGAGAGGGUCAAGCUGGCGUUUUAUCAACAGUUUGCCACGUAGCUGAUGGGGAAUUAAUAUGGACAUGACUACAUCUUGAUCUGUGUAUUAAUUCUGUGAAAAACACUGUAUUUUCCGACUGAUUUUUCUAACACUGGACAUCCUUUAGAAUCCUGCAUAUACCACAUUGUGUCAGAUAAGCAUGACCGUGAGAUGGACCAAGUAACAUUUUCUGAUCAUUGAAGAAAGAACAAAGAAGAAGAGCUACAUAAGGUCAAAAACAGUUCAGGUGCUGUUUAGGAAGGCACAGCAGAAGAGUGAAAGACAGAGGAAUUCAAGGCACUUUAAUGCUGUAAAUAAGUAUAAAAGCCUUUAUUGAUACCACCAUGUUUUUAUAUUUAAAAAAAACAAAAAAUGAAAAUCAUCAAGAACUUGUUUUUGGGUUAAAAGAGGCUGGUUUCUAGCUAUCCUAUAAAGGCUUCUUAAUUUAUUUGUGUCUUUAGAGUGCCACAGAUUCUUCCCUUUUUAUUUCAUCGUUCUUCAUGAGGAUGAAUUUUGAGUGCCAGUGCUACAACUCCAUUUCUAAAAGGGAACACCACUGUAAUAUCACAGCUUUUACUUGUCAUGCCAAACCUAGCAUAUUUGGUAUCUGUUAGUUAACAUUUGCUAUCAUCUGCUGGAGUCAGGAAAGAGAUGGUCUUACCUCCUAAUCUGGUGAAAUCCGAUUUCACUGAAAAGAUGUUCAGCAUUUUUGCUGUGGGUGAGGGUACACAGGGUAUAUGACUGCCCACUUGCAUUGAAGCGCUUAAAAACUGUUUUUCCCCAAAAUCCAUUGCACUGCAAAAGCUCCAAGCUGCAUUGUGGAGUACCAACUGGUUGAAAAAACAAGAAACUAUAAGAUAACUCCCAGAGACUGUUUUUUUUAAAAAAAAAAGAGAUUAUUUGGAAUAUUAAGCAAAUACCAAAAUAAUCUGCACAGUUAAAUAUACAAGUUGCAUAAAAUAAAUAUGAUUUGUAAGUUUCCUAAUAUGGAAGUAGAUGAUAGAUUUAAAAGAAAGAGUCAGUGAGCUGUCUCAUGGUAUGGAAUUUGAUUUCUGUGCAAACACCAGACAUGCAUACUGUACCAACACCAUUUGCAGCUAUCAUCCAGCUCAAUUAUGAUACACUCUCCUCAACAACAGAUCUAAAAGGUGGGGCUCUUCAUCUCAGAUCAAAUUGCUUUCUUGUUCAAGUUUCUACAGUAUGCAAGAGCAGUUUACAGUACGAGGAUUCUGUAAUGCAAGCACAAGCAAAACCAUGUACUGUGUGGUAGUAUGCAAAUAUGACAGUGCAUGUUUGUAUAUAGUGUAUAUAAGCAAAUAUCUUCUAGUGCAACAGGGUGAAAGAAAAAAAGAUCUAUUGAGCAAUUAACUUUCUGCAUAAGCAAUGUGUAAAUGCCCAAAAUAUACAGUUACAGGUUAAAAAAAUUCAGCUAAAGUUGAUUAUUUGAGCCAUUUCAUAUUGUUGACUAGUCAUUAUUUUUAACAACUUAAUUAUAAAUGACAGUUUUAAAAGAAGAUGUUUUUGUAAAAUCAAUUUUUCCCCUCUUUUUACCAGUUCCCGUAGUGUGAUUUACUGUAACGUGCUUCAUUUUGUGAGUAAAUCCUCCGUUGGUUCUUUGUUUACUCAUUUGCUUGUACUUUUCUGCUGUGCUCAGAACAAUGGAACAGCUUUUUUUUUUUCAUAAUUAAAAAAAGAUCAUCACUGCUAUUUAAAAGAAGAGACUGCAAUUAAAACCGUGAGCA